UUUUUUCCAAUACUGAUAACCGCAUCGGCUUUGAAAAAAAAAAAUCCACACCAAAGCCAAAAAACCCAAAGCCAACUUUUUUUUUUGCUUUUGCCUUCAAAGCCUUUUUUCUUUUUUUUCCAACUUUUUGUUCUUUUUGAUCAAAGCUUCGCGCCUUUUUUUUUUUUUUUUCUUCUGCUUUUUUUCCUUGUUCUUCUGUUUUUCUGCUCUUCCUUCCUUUGACUUCUUCUUUUCAACUCUUGCCUUGUUAUCAACAACAAACUCAAGCGUUGGCGAUUUCGAAGAACACCCUUUUCCGCCCAUCUGCUCCCAUUGCGCAUAUUUCUGUGCAACGUCACAUUUGGUCGCUUUCAACGCUUUUUGGAUUCAAGAAAAAAGGCUGACACUGAGUUUCUCACAGAACAUCUCAGUCCUCUUUUUCUCAACCUCAAGGCUCUUUCAUUUUCAUCUUUAGGGUUUAAGCAACUCAGCUCAAAACUCCUCCAAGGAGUCCUUGCUUGCUCCCAGGGGCGCUGCUCUAGCUCUCUAGCUCUCACACACUUUUUCUCUCUCGUUGGUUUCGCGCGCGUUCUCGUUUCCGCCCGUCCUUGCUCAUCCGAUCGCCCGCUCGAUGGUCGGUCUUGUUCGCCUUACUCGCAACACUCUCCCUUCUUGCUUGGCCAAGCCAUGCCUGGUCGCACCCAUCCGCCUUCCGGCCUCCCGCAUCCCUGCAGCGCUCCGUCCCGCCGCUGCCGGUGCUGCUGUCACCGCCUCCGCGCCUGCUAACUUUGUUUCGCUCGCGCCCGUGCCCGUUUCGUCGGCGCCAAAGUUCCUCGCCUCGAUCCGUGCCUCCAAUGCCAACGGCACCGCCCGCAUUGACGCACGCCUCGCUGCGGACUUUGCCCACAUUAACACCCUCUUCACCGAUUUCAAGUCGUCGAUUGCUCGCUUUCUCAAGCCGAUCGACUCGACCACCACCACCACCAUUGUCACUGCUUCGCGCGAGACGCUCACCAUCCGCCGCGCCACCCACAAGGACACGGAUGCCAUCUACUCGCUGAUUGCCGGUCCCAUGGCCAACGGCAGCAUCCUGCCCGUCUCGCGCGCAGCCCUCAGCAGCACCGUCCGCAACUAUGUGGUUUGCCACGUUGAUGGCGUCUUUGCCGGCUCUGCCUCGAUCAAGCCGUUCUCGCGCAACGAGGCCGAGUUCACCAAGAUUUGCACCUCGCCUGCCUACCAGGGCCGCGGCAUUGCCAGCCACCUUGUCUCCAAGCUCAUCCAGCACGCCACCGCUGACGGCUACGAGUAUGUGUUUGCCUUGACCACCGCCCCCGCCAUGGCCCGCGUGUUCACCAAGCUGCAGUUCCAGCCUGUCGAUCGCUCGUUGCUCUGCGCCAAGUGGCGCGACGGCUACGACAUGGCUCGUCCCUCCAAGGCCUACUACCUGCCCGUUCUUGCCGAUCCCUUCACUGCCAAGGCUGCCGACAACCAAGAGCACCACAACCACAACGUUGCUCUCAGCAUUUAAGAAUUUUUAUUUCCCAAUUUGCUUUUCAUUUGUGUGUGUGUCGUGUGUCGUGUCAUUUUUACCCAAAUACAAUUUGCAUGAAUGCAUCUACUUUUUCCAUUCAAAC